GAAAAUAUAACCGGAUGCUGUUGCUUUCUCCUCCUGGCCCCUGUUCAUUCUCGAUGGCCACCAUAUUAUCUAAGGAAAAUGGCUGAGGUCAGUCGGAGAUUAGGAAGUGUAGCGUACCGCCUUUCAGCUUUGAAAAACUCUCCAAGUCAUUCAUUCUCCAACGCCGAAUGCCACGGAACGGCUUCCGCUACCUCGAUCGCUUGGACCUGUAACUCUGAGGUAGUAGCAGGUCAGAGGAUAUGCGAAUGUCAGCCGGUGUCAAGGGACACUCUGCCCGGUACCGGAGAACUUGAUACCAGGAACUUUAAAGACUGUGUUCUGCCGGACAAGGAUGGGAAGCACUGUAACGGGAUACUUUGUCGACGCAAAGGUAACAACGGUGACGUGUACGCAACCUGUCUGUCUCAUAAGGCACGUGUCACAUCUUGUGAUUUCUGUUCAUUGGACUCGGAUGCUAAAUCUCUAAUCUCAUUAAGUACUCAGGUGAGUGAGUAUGCAUCACACCUGUACAGAGGGUGCAGCAUGUUGCCUGUCCCGCGGUUGAAGGUGUGGAGGAUGGUGUCCUGGGAGGACAGAAGUGUUGUCAUGGUUAAAGUUCACCCUGAAACUUUCGGGUCGUCUCCGCAGCGGAGAGCAUUCAGCACCGUCAUCUUCACAGUAACGGGCCCGGGCUCAGGGCUGAGGCUGGCCUUGCCGCGCCCUCAUCCCGCAGUCCCAGCAGCCGUCCCCAGGAGAGCUUACAGCCGCGGGAGUAAGGACGGUGACCCGGACCUCCUUCCACUGUACCGCAGCAGGACGGUGUACUAUGACCUCCUAAGAGUGACUCCCAGCGCCACGCAGUCUCAGAUUAAGACAGCGUACUUCAAACAAUCCUUCCUUCACCACCCGGACAAGAACCCUGGUAGCGAGGUGGCAGUGCUGCGCUUCUCCGAGAUCAGCGAGGCGUACAGCAUUCUGGGGAGCGUGGCGCUGCGGAGGAAGUAUGACCGCGGCAUCCUCAGCCAGGCGGAUGUCCAGGGCGCCGGUAGACCAUCCGCCAAGGAAACCAUGGCAACCAGCAGAGGUGGCCAGCAGCAGCAACGGGAGCAUGCGACCAGGAGCUUCUCCCGCGCGGGUGGGAAGCCCAUCUUUGACUUUGACGCCUUUUACCAAGCUCACUACGGGGAGCAGCUGGAGAGAGAGAAGCAGGCGAGGGAGAGGAGGGAGAGGCAGGAGAGAGCGCAGAAGCAUGACGUGGCUAACUGGAAGGUGGGGAAGAUGCUGGAGAUGACAGUGAUGAUGCUGCUGGCCACGGGAGGCUGCGUCCUGUUCAGCCUCAGGUCGUGAGGAGGACUGGGAACACAAGGCACUCCUGAGCAGGAGCCGUUACAGUAUUUGCUGAACGAGAGCUCGCAGGUUAGAAUCCCUGGUGCUGCGGGGGAAGAGUUGUGCUUUCUGGCUUCUGUGGAGUCCUGUUGUCCAGAGUCCAAUACGUAGGCACUGUUAGUCACUUUAGUCCUAUAGGAAGUUAGGAUAGACUGUACUCCUACUAUUUACCUAAACAUACAUAGAAAGCACCUGUUUUACUUCUAUGUUUCAUUAUUAUAUAAUUAUAUAUUUAUGAACAGGAUUAUUUAAACCAGGUAUAGUGUACCUGUAUGGAGUAAUCAAAAUGUUAACUAAAGAUGGCCUUAAAGCAGCUAAUUGUCUGAGGUACAGAACAGUUUUUCCAGAGAUUACAACCAGAUAUUCAGACAAUAUGUCAUAUAAAUAUAUAAAGAGUGCCUUGGUUUCCCAUUCCUGGAAGGCAGGUGGUUAUGUAUGGAAACUCUCCAGAAGGUAACAAGCCCUCCUCAUGACCCUUUGAGUGGUUGGACACCAGUACAGGAAGAAUAAAGACCGCUUCUAUAUCCCAACAUGCCAACAGAA